GAGCAGAGGGGUCGGAGAAGAAGGCUGCAGAGACUUGGUUUCCGCUGAAAUGACAAUGUUAUUGCUGGAUAACGGAGCUUACAACGCCAAAAUCGGUUACAGCCAUGAAACUGUCUCAGUUAUUCCGAACUGUCAGUUCAGAUCAAAAACAGCAUGUCUUAAAACUUUUACUGCUAACCAGAUAGAUGAAAUAAAGGACCCUUCUGGACUCUUUUAUAUUCUUCCUUUUCAAAAGGGCUACUUGGUGAAUUGGGAUGUUCAAAGACAAGUUUGGGAUUACCUUUUUGGAAAAGAAAUGUAUCAGGAAUCAAUGAAUGAAAUCUUAUUUGAAGAAUACCAGUUUCAAGCAGUAUUAAGAGUAAAUGCUGGGGCUCUCAGCGCACAUAGGUAUUUCCGGGAUAAUCCUUCUGAGUUAUGCUGUAUCAUUGUAGAUAGUGGGUAUUCUUUCACACACAUAGUUCCUUACUGUCGGAGUAAGAAGAAGAAAGAAGCAAUUAUUCGGAUAAAUGUGGGAGGAAAACUCCUAACCAAUCAUCUAAAAGAAAUCAUAUCUUAUAGGCAAUUACACGUUAUGGAUGAAACACAUGUGAUUAAUCAAGUGAAAGAAGAUGUAUGCUAUGUGUCUCAGGAUUUUUACAGAGACAUGGAUAUCGCCAAGUUGAAAGGAGAAGAAAACACAGUAAUGGUAGACUAUGUUUUGCCUGACUUUAGUACAAUUAAAAAGGGCUUUUGUAAGCCAAGAGAAGAGAUGGUGUUAAGUGGAAAAUACAAAUCUGGGGAACAAAUUCUUCGUUUGGCCAAUGAGAGAUUUGCUGUUCCAGAAAUACUCUUCAAUCCUUCUGAUAUAGGCAUUCAAGAAAUGGGGAUUCCAGAAGCUAUUGUCUAUUCAAUUCAGAACUUACCUGAAGAAAUGCAGCCACAUUUUUUUAAGAACAUCGUUUUGACAGGAGGAAAUUCCCUUUUCCCAGGAUUUAGGGAUCGAGUUUACUCGGAAGUUCGAUGUCUCACUCCAACAGAUUACGAUGUUUCUGUUGUGCUGCCUGAAAACCCUAUUACUUACGCCUGGGAAGGCGGAAAGUUGAUAUCAGAGAAUGAUGAUUUUGAAGAUAUGGUGGUAACCAGAGAAGAUUAUGAAGAAAAUGGACAUAGCAUCUGUGAAGAGAAAUUUGAUAUUUAAGAAACAUUUCUGAAACUUAUGACUUACUAUGACAAAGGUUUAAUUUUUCAGCGUUCUUUUUAAAGGAAGUUAAGGACCUGUGUUAGCUUUCAUCCUAAGAUAACAUCUUGAACUUAUGUAAAUACUCUGCUCCAUGGCUAAUUUUCAAAGGUUUCUUAGCUAGGUAGUAAGUAAACUGUAACUCACCCCAUAUUUUCAUUUAGGAGCUAGACUUAUUCUAACAAUGCUUACGCUGUUUCUGAGAGUAAGUUAUCUUUCAUUAAAAGAUGAAAGAGUGA